CCGCGGCUAGCAGGGGCUCAACCCAUUUGCGAAGCCACUUGGCCGCCGAUGUCACGCUCAGCAGGCGCCAGAGCCUCCAAGCGCACCAAGACGGUGUCCUCGCCCUUCUCCAGGGCCACGGGUGCCACGGGUGCCACGGGUCGAGAUUUGGUGAGCGCCGUGGCCGAUGACUUCGGCCAAGGUCUAGAUUCUGCAGUGGUGGCGCUCAUCGAAAGCAGAUCUCGAGAGGUAGGAUUGGCUGGCGUGCACAGAAGGUCGAUGGACUUUGAGUUGACGCAAUUCAGUGACUCAGCGUCCUACAGUCGAACUAUCUCAGCAGUUCUGGCCGCAGACCCCUCUGCUGUUCUUGUGAGCCGAAGUGCUCGUGGCACUCAGCUGGUUCAACUGCUGGAAAAGGCCCUCAAGGGCGGCUCGUGCCAUUUGACCUUCCUGGAGCGGCGGCAUUUCGACGAAGCCGAAGGGCAAAGCCUCUUGGAGGAGGCCAUUGUCGUGGGUUUGCAACAAGCAGACUUCAGCUCCAAGUUUGCGGCAGCUGCCAGCUUCACUGCGUUGUGGCGUUACAUCGAAUCGUCCUCCGACGUACGCCUGGUGACGUCCAGCUGCAGAGUCACCUUUCGAGUGGCCAGCGACAUCUGCAUGGUCGACAGCUCCACGGUGCGGCUGCUGGAUCUGGUCUCCUCCCAUCGUCGCUCCGUCCUGGGCCUCUUCAAGACCGUGACCUCCCAGGGAACGCAGAUGCUGCGGCAAGCCAUUCUGCAGCCAUCCGCCAAGCUCCCUGAGAUUCAGAAGCGUCAUGCAGCUGUAGAGGCGCUACUGGAGGAUCAUCUUUUGGAACGCGUCCAACAACUGCUUCCUGGUGUGGGCGACCUGGAUCUGUUGGUGGCGCGCUUGACCACGGAGCCGAGACAGCGAGGGAUGCAAUGGUAUAAGGUGGCUGUGCGCACAGCGUUGCGUCUCCGACAUGCCUUGUCAGCUCUUCCACAUCUGGCGGAUGCCCUGAGCCCUAAAAGCCGCCGGCGCCAGGAGGCGUCCGCGGGGCAUCUGGACGAUCUCCACGAAGUCUUGAGUCACAGCUUCGCCAAGCAGCUGCAGGAGUUGGACCGGAUCCUGGACGACACCCCACCGGGACGUGGCUCCAUGGCGCAUGCUGCUCUGAUGUAUGCGGUGAAGCCCAAUGUGAAUGCCCUGCUGGACGUGGCGAGGCAGACCUGGACUGAAGCCCUGGAGCAAAUUCACUCGCUCUUCCGCACGUUGACCUUGAAAUAUCCGGACUUGAAUUUGAAACUGGAGUUCGCCGAGAAGAAAGGAUGGUAUCUUUCGCAUGAACGUGCUGCUGUACCAGAACUGCUACAGACCAUGCCACGAGGGGGGCGCUUCAGCAGCAGCACCCGGGAGCUGAACAGCGAGAAUUUCAAGUUGCACCAGGCAGAGGGCGAGAUUUUGCGCCGCAAUGUGGAGGUCUUAGCGGAGCUCUUCGCUCAGCUGCGGGCCGAAGCACUCCAGUUGCACGCCGCUGCACAGGCUGUUGGCUUCCUGGACAUGUUGCGCGCCUUUGCCGGCUACACCAAAGUCACAGGGGCCGUGAAGCCCGAACUCACCGAGGAUCCGAAUGCGCCAAUGGCCGUUAAGGCAGGGCGUCAUCCCACGCUGGAAGUGAUUCUGGCGGAGUCGGGGCAACACUUUGAGCCCGUUGACUUCUUCCUGGGCGAGUCCUGUUUCUUCCAAAUCGUCACGGGGCACAACGGUGGAGGAAAGUCGACAUAUUUACAGACCUUGGCCCAGCUGGUCAUCUUAGCCCAAAUCGGAUGUUUCCUUCCAGCACACUAUGCGUCUCUUCGGAUCUCUUCAUCGUUGUUCACUCGGAUGGGCACCAGCGAUUCAAUCGAAGCUAGUGCUUCCUCCUUCCUCAUUGAGAUGAAGGAAGCGUCUCACAUUCUCAGCAGCGUGGCUUCAGAUAGUCUGGUUCUGAUCGACGAGUUGGGUCGUGGCACUGCACAUGCUGAUGGUUUGGCCAUUUGCUGGGCUGUUUGUGAGAAGUUGCUGGACCUCAAUGUGAGGUGCCUCUUUGCGACGCAUUACUUCGAGCUCUGCCAUCUGCAGGCGCGCGCGCCGGGGCUGCGGAACCUGCACUUGGAGCUCGUCGUUGCGGCCGGCGACGCGGGCGACGCGGGCGACGCGGGCGACGCGGGCGACGCGGGCGUUGCUGCGGCGCGCUUCGUGGUGCAGCACAUCUCCUCCCUGGAGGCCUUGCAGCUGAAGGGCCAAAGUCGCUACGGCCUCAAAGCGGCGUUGUGCAGUGGCAUCCCCAAAGAUUUGGUGAAGCGCGCUGAGACCAUGGUCGUGCAGGUGGAUUCUGCAUUGAAGCUGUGUGAAGAUUCCUGGAAUAGCUACACGGAGGACGAAACUGCAGCGGAGGCAACUCUUCGUCAGCUCCUGGCUUUGGGCAGAACAGCUCCGACUGCGUCAGCCCUGGCAGACAUCCUGAGGGAAUUGCAGAAGCCAUGGUUGGAGAAGGCCAGUCCUGUGGCUGUGGCAUCGAAGGUAGAGUGACCUGGCAUGGCCACAGCGCAUGACCUGAAUUCGAGGGACAAUGGCAGCCUUGAUGCUUCGUCAUGUUCCAGAUCGUAGUGCGCUUUCAGAAUUCGACUUUGACCCAGCCAUGGGCAAGGAUACAUGGGUUGUUUCGGUGAUGUAGAGCAACAGCACCAGAACAGAUUUGUGGAUGUGGGACCGCAGAAGAUCCAGAAGAAAA